AUGACCCUAACCCUAACCCCGAAACGGAUGGUGACUCAGAUGAGGAGAGGCGCAGUAAAGAGACCCAUCCCAACCAGCUCCCUACGCCGCAAAACCAAGAAAGGGAACAAUACCAUCAUAUUCAGCUGCCUCAAUGGGACGGAUGAAUUGAAGAAGAGGAUCACCUUUUCCCUUGACAACGACACAAAGCUAAUAGAUGGGUAUCUGGAUGCCAAUUGUAACAGGGAAAACAUAAAAAAGGUCCCACACCCACUCCUCAAGUCGUUCAUGAGGAGACAGAACAUAUUGAAUAAUGCCUGUAGGAAUGAGGAGCACUGCACGUGCAUCAGAUCAUUCAUGGAGGCAUACAGGAUUCAUAAGGUGAGCAAACCGGGCGUGAAGAAGACUAAAGAAAACAUAUUGAUCAGGCCGUACUGCCCCACUUUGAUGACCAUAUACCAUAAAAUUCAUCUGGCAAUGAUUAAAAACAAUAUCAUCUGCAACGAGAAAGAAAUAACAGUAGCGCAUAAGGUACAAAGGAACCUGGGCAGAAACCCGUUCGGUAGGAUAUAA